AUGUCUUUAAAUGUUUCAAGCGUUUAUUUGUACUUAGGUCACUGUGUGACAUUGGGUCCGUUUGAAACUAUGGAGUCUCAGGAGGAAAACGGCGCUGGUGACAGGACUACCGAUACUAGGGCUUACCUAGACCGUACCGUUGUACCAGUUCUCCUAAAAGGUCUAAACAUGAUUGCGAAAGAAAGACCACCAAAUCCCAUUGAAGCACUGGCGACAUAUUUGAUGCAGCAUAAAGAAGAGACGGAAAACAAGUGAAAUCUCAUGGAUCAAGAAUUGAUGGAAUGUUUCAAGUGUUUUAGAUAAUAAGAUGAAAACAAUGCUGCUACUGCUCACUAUUUAUCUCUGUAUAUUGAUAUGGUGUAUUUUUUUUACUACUGAUUCUAUAAACCUUUUAAUAACUCUGUUGCUGUAAAAUAUAGGAUUUCUCAGUAUUCAUGAAGCUACUCAUCUUCUGUAACCUCUUACCUACAAGAAGCCAAUCGAUCUAUUAGCCAGGAAGCGGUCUUUUUCAGCAAGUGGAUGUGUUUAUGGGGAUUGACGUAUGCUGGAGAUUAAAUGACUUGUCAGGUUGAAAGGACCGAAGACAUGAAAAUUCGCGUGUCGU